AUGAAUGAAGAGAAUAUCAUUACAAGAAAAAUAAAUUGUCUGAGAAGUACUUAUGAAGAAAGGAAGGUAAGACAUAAUGAUACUGAUAUGAUAAAUAAGAACUAUGAAGAUAUGUUAGAUAAAAUUGAAGAAUGUGUAAGGUUAAGAAAUGGAUAUAAAAUAUGUUUUGUUUUAAAACUAUCACAGAUACCUCUUGAUAUAUAUGUAAUUGAUAAUAUGAAUGAAAAUGAUAUAAGAAGAAUGAUAAAAAAGAAAAAUAGUUAUAAUAAUAAUAUAUUAAAACCCUUUGAACAAUUAAUAUUAGAUCAUUUUAAUAUAAUAAAAAUAUUAUGUAAUAAAAAUAAUAUUAAUUGGGAUGUAUUAAUAAAUACAAGUUGUAAAUUUUUAUCAACAUUUCUUCAAGUUUAUUGUGAUAAUUUAUGGUUAUUACCUUAUCUAUUAACUAUUUGUUCAUUUUUAAAUAAUAUAAGUACAUUAGCUGAUUCAUAUAGUACUAGCAAUAAAAAUGAUAUAUAUAAUGAAGAAAAUGAAGAUAUAAAUAAUAAAAAUAAAUAUACUAUUGAAGUUUUAAAUUCUAUAAGAGGAAAAAUUGGUAUAGUUAAAGGAGAUAUAGAAAAACAUGGUGGAUUUGUUAUAUUAAUGUUUCAAUCUAUCAAGUUAUGUAUGAAAUUAAAUAAUAUGCAGAUUACAUCGAGUUUCUUAAAAAUUAUAAAUUCGACAGAUAUUAAUUAUUCAUAUAUACCAACAUCUUUUAUUGUUUUAUUUAAAAAUCAGUUAGGAAAAUUAUAUCUACAAAAGUUAGAAUAUGAAAAAGCAGAAAGUGAAUUUAUAUGGGCAUUUUCUAAUUCUAAAAAAAGUAAAAUUGAAUUCAGAAAAAUAAUUCUUGAAUCUCUUAUAACCAUAAGAUUAAAUAAAGGUUUAUAUCCUCCUAAAAAAUUAUUACAAAAAUAUAAACUUUCAAUCUAUAUUGAUAUUAUUUAUUCAAUAAAAAGAGGAAAUAUUUUUCUAUAUAAUAAUGUUAUGAAUAGUUUUUCCAAAUAUUUUUUUCAUAAAGGCUUAAAUGAAUGUAUAGAACAAAUUCAUUUUAUUGUUAAAAGAAAUCUUAUGAAAAUUGUUGUUGACUGGUGGAAUAAAAUAAUUCAAGAAAAUAAUCUACAAAAUAAAUUAUUUAAAGUACCUAUCUAUUUAUUUCAUCAUAUUUUUAAAUGGGCACAUAUAACACAACAUCAUUCAUAUUUAGAAACUAUAUGUAUUAUAACAUCACUUAUUUUAUUCCGUUAUAUUAAUGCAUAUAUAUCUUAUGAUAAUAAUAUAUUGGUAUUAAGCAAAAAUGAUCCUUUCCCCUCCCUUUCACACAAUCAGGGCCCACGUUAA